AUGGGAUUAUCUGAUAGACUAUCACAUAUAAAGAUAAAUAGUGAACAAAAUAAGAUUAUUGCUGAUGAUCUACAGAAGCAAGAUAAGAAGUCUACAACUACCACAACCAUAUCAUUGCCAAAGGAAGAUCAUACUGCUGAAGACUGUGGCACAUGUACACUGUUGGGUGUCUCAGAGACAAAGAAUCAGAUGUUCCAAUUCAUGAACAAUCCAGGCGCUGGUAGUUCCUCAGCGUCAACUUCAAAGGGAAAUCAGUCGUCUGUGACCAACAGCAAUAGCAGUAAGAGCAGUAAACAGGAGGAUCAAGCAUUUUGGGAACCAAUGGAUGAGCCUGUUGAUACGAUCGAACUUGGAAAUAGUGGAUGGAAACUAUUACAUACUAUCGCGGCUUACUAUCCGGACAAGCCAACGACACAGAAACAGCAACAUACAAAGUCAUUCCUAGAGUCGUUCUCACACGUCUAUCCUUGUCAAGUGUGUGCCAAGGACUUUCAGGAGAUCCUGGUUGCGACACCUCCGCGUCUGAACAACCAACACGAGUUUGCACAGUGGAUGUGUGAGGCACACAAUCAUGUCAACAACCUACUUGGCAAACCAUCAUUCGAUUGCGAUCUCGUCGACAAGCGAUGGAAGAGAAAUAAGCCACCCAAUCAAGCUGGUGGUGGUGAUGGAGGUCAUUAA